AUGGGCUCUGUUAGAGAUGCUCUAAUACAAGAAAAGAAACAGUCCGACCUAGAUCGCCUAAGAAAGAAAAGUGAGUUCAAGGAGUCUGUGAAUUGGGGAUUCAACCCUCUUGAAAGGGAAGCUAUGAAAAUCUACACAGACCCAAUAUACGGCAAGUUUGCUGAAGAGCUAAGGAAGGGUACUGCUUACAAUAUUGAAGUUGUGGAAGAGAAGAGAUUAUACAGAGUGAUUAGGGUGGCUAACUAUAGGAAUGCAGAGUUCCCCAGAUCAACAUAUAUGGUUAGUGUUUCCCCUGAUGAGGAUGUGUACAAAUGCUCGUGCUCAAAGAUGGCUCGUGAUGGAAUACAAUGCUGCCAUGUCAUGAGGGUGGCUACUCAUAUUGGUUUGACUGAGCUUCCUGUCAGUUUCAUCAACCCUAGAUGGACUACUGCAGCUGGGAUAGAGGUAGCACGAUUGACGGAGAGAAGAAGCAAUACAACAUCACAGAAUACACACUUGGCUGUUAGACACGCAAUUGAAAUGAGCAAAAUAUCACACAUACUAUCUACUGUCUGCACGGAUGAUAGGUCAUACGACUUGUUUGCUGAAGGAGUUGCUGAACUGAAGAAAGCUAUAUGCAAAGAUGCAAUUGAAUGCCUCCAGACGAAAGAAAAAGUCACACUUAAGAGAAAAAAGGUUGAUGACCCAGUUGUAGGAUAA